AUGAGCACCUGUUCCUCACUUGCCACUUCCAUCGGUACGAUAGCUGUGGACAUCACUGCAGCCAAAUGUUUGGUCAGAGAUCCGCUGUUUGUCGGCGACAACAAAUAUGAUAAUCAACGAGGCUUUAGAUCCUUUCCUUAUUCACUAUUCAGUUCCGUUAGUGUCGAUACUACGGAGUGUAUGAUUAGUAAUGACAAUAAUGAGACCAUCGCUUAUGGGACCUGUUUUACACCGCAACAGUGCUCCCAAUAUAAUGGCAUAGAAAGCGGUAAAUGUGGCGAUGGGUAUGGCGUUUGUUGUCUAAUUGAGAAAAGUUGUGGCCAAACAAACACAGCCAACGUAUCAUAUUUUUUGAGUCCCAAUUAUCCCAAUGGCUUUAACGAACCGUUUAGUUGUACGCUUAAAGUUAAUAAACUCGACAAUCAAAAAAUAUGCCAAAUGAGAGUCGACUUUAUUGACUUUGAAAUCGCAAAUCCAAUUGAAUGUAAACCCGAAAUCAAAGACUUCAACUUCGGAUCAGUUAAUAGUGAAUCCAAUUGUAAGGAAGAUCUGUUUGUAGUGACACAAUCCAAUCGCAAUCAACCCAUACCUAUAUUAUGCGGCAAUAAUACUGGACACCAUUUGUAUAUACCUGUGGAUGAAUCAGACAGUAUUGCUAUUUCACUGACAGUGUUGACAGGUAUCGGACAAAUGGAUCGCAAAUGGAAGAUCAAGAUAACACAACUUCCCUGUUCAUUACCACAACACUUACUAGCCCCACAGGGAUGCCUACAAUACUAUAACACUAACAAAGGAAUCAUAAAAUCAUUUAACUUCGAUGGACAGCAUUACCUACAGAACACUGAUUACUCGAUAUGCAUACGAAAGCCAAAAAAUAUGUGUUAUAUGACUCUUAAGGCGACACAGGAGUCACUGAAAUUAAACAACAGUUCCCUAAACGCAUCGAUCACUGCAAUAAAUAACACGGACUCGGAUUUAGUCGAAAGAAUCGCCGCAUUAGUUCAGUCAGAGGCACAACCUCUAGCAGAGCCCAUACGCGUUGGCGGCGGUGACAGUGGUCAGCCUUUAUCGUCGGUACCAUUUGUAGACACAUCGGAAGCACUGUUACCACUACGUGUACGAGCUUUUUAUCCGAGACAUCUGUCACGGAAGGGCAGUAUAUGUCAGUCGGAUCACUACUGGAUAACAUACCCGGGCUCUAAUCGUAUCUGUUCCUAUGAUUUGGAGCCACUGGUAUCACCACUGAUAAUUGCCACAAACUCGCAUCAAGUGAUCCAUUAUCACGCGUCCACUUGGAGUCAGUCGUCCACAUUCACCGACACCAAGACUAUACCGAAAGGGUUUGCCUUAGAGUUUGCACACUCGCCGUGCACUCACCUAAUUGUUUAACUUUAUGUGUAUUUUCAAACAUAUUAUUU